AGCGAGAGAGAGAGCGAGAGACCCUAAAUUGACUGUGGAGGGAAGCAGCCCUCUGUCAAGUGCUUUCAGACGUCCGCCACAACCAAGGGAAGACACAUGGAUGGGGCUUUAUUGGACUAAUACUUGUGUCACCUCCCAUUCAUGAUUGUUGAAAUCUACGCGGACACUUGGUCUCCUCUUGCAUUAGGAAAAAAAAACAACCCAAAACAGUUUGAUGACUCCGAUUCACUUUGCAGCCACCGUUUGGACCUUGGACACACUACAUCACAAUGGCCAGGUAAAAGGUGCAACUUUGUGCCUGAAUUAAAACAGUCCGUUUGGAAACCACAGAAUGGCAUCGUCAUUCAAUUAGGUUUGGAUUAUUUCUCGUGGUCGACUGAUACCUAAAACGAAGUAAGGAAUCCGUUUGAAAACGAAAAAUCGAACGUCUAGGAUUUAGAGACGCGUUUCCCCGGGAAAGUGGCGAUGAAUGGAAAAGGGGGUAAAAAGUGAUGCGCCGGGAUGGAGAUCAUGACUAGAAGUCAUACUAAUGAGACUCCGUUGUGUUGUGUACAUUUGUAAGUGACCAAAUUACCCAGACUCCGGAAAGACAUCGGCUGCCGUCAAUGAUAAUUCGUCGAUAAUUUUCCCAACAAAUGAAAUCUGGAAUUUUCGUCGCCGUCCCCUUUUGACUUGUUGCAAAUGAAGUACUGAUUCUUGAUGACGUACUAAGUUCCAACAAGAUGUUGUCGGUCACUCUCCUCGCGCUCGUCUUCGUCCUGACUCCCGACGCCGGGCUGUUGAGCUCCAAUCCACUGAGCCGGUACAAACGCGCCUUGGCCCGGCGCGCAGACAACGAGCUCUCCCGCCUCGCCGGUGAGCCUUGCGCAGUCUCCGGAUCCGGGAGACCCCUGCAGCGGCGGCGGCAGCAGCAGCAGCAGACGCGAGCCUCCUCCCCGACUCAAUACCGCCAUUCAGUGGCCAGCCCGGGGACGAACCGGCGAGAGCUCCCUGCUGCCACGAGCGCUCCUGUUGGUUGCGAAGGAGGGUGCAGAGUUGUCGCCCCGGUCGAUCGAGGAAUUCCGGGUGCUUCGCCACUUGCGGGAAAGGAGCGAACGACACAUACGUCGCAGGGAGAUGCUCGCGAGGAUGGAGGCACGCGACCUUGGACUGACAGGCAGAGUCGACCAUCGCGCGCCUCCAGGUUCGAACGCGGCGCCCCAAACGAGGGAAACUCGAGCUCCCCCGGAAGCUCCGAUUCUACCGGGCUCGGAAUUCCUAAAAAGAUGCAACAAGAUGAGGGCGAAAGAGCUUCCACGAGUAGCCCGGGGGACGGCAACGGGGAUCCUACCGCACGUAGGUCUAUCGGCGGCAAGUUUCAGUGGGGGAAACCCGUGCCAAAGGUGCCCCCAUCUUGGAUGACCAGCCUGUACUUCAGCGGGCGCCAGGAGCAGCUGAGACUGAAGCCGUCUGCUGGGGUAGAGCUGCCCAGGGACAAAUUCAGCUUGGAGCUAUGGGUGAAUCCGGAAGGUGGGCAGAGCAGCCCUGCAGUCAUUGCAGGUGUUUACGACAACUGUUCCCAUUCACAGAGCGAGAAGGGCUGGUCAGUAGGCAUUCGCAGUCUGGAUCCCGCAGGUACCAAGGACGCACGUUUCUACUUCACGCUUCGCACAGACCGAGCCUUGAAAGCUACCACUGUCGUUACCCACCAGCAGUACUCGGCCAACACCUGGGCUCACCUGAUUGCCACUUACAAUAGCCACAACAUGACCCUGUACGUUGACGGAGCCAAGGUGGGAGAAAGCAGUUUCCAGUCAGGCAAUCUCUACAGUCCCUUCAUGAAGACCUGCAGAACCUUCAUCCUGGGCAGUAACCAAUCAGAGCAGGGCCAGGGCUUCCGAGGCCAAGUCGCGGGUGUGCACUUGUGGGACUACGCCCUCUCCCAUGAGGACCUGCAGAUGCGACCCCUCCUCAAGACGGAGCCUCUUCUGGCCAUGUGGGCUGACUUUACAAAUGUGGAUCAGAUGUGGACUCCGUUCAAAGAUGGCCUCCAUCCAGCCGUCAUCGCCACUCCUCUCCCCGCUUUGCAGCUGGUCUCCCCCUUCUUGCCGCCACCCUGCGGCCUCACACCUUGUGACAACACCGACAUCAUUUCCGGCUACAACAAUUACUGGCCUCUCCGUACACCCAAACAAGUCCGCUACAGGAUUAUUAACCUUUCCAACGACGACGGCGGGAACGCCACGGUGUCCCAAGCCCAGAUUCGCCUGCAACAUCAGGCUCUGAUUGAUGCCUUUCGCCCUUACAACAUCACCCUCGAGCUGACGGUGGCAACGGUCAGAAACACGAGCCUGCGGCAGCGUUUCGUUCUCAGCAACUGUCGCAUCGGGAAAAUUGGGAACCGCCAUUGCGAUCCGGAGUGCGACCACCCGAGGACAGGCCACGACGGAGGGGACUGCCUCAGACUGGCACCUUGCUACAACUGGAAGAGACAGAACGGAGUUUGUAACACGGAAUGUAACAGCGUACACUACGACUACGAUGACGGCGACUGCUGUGACCCGCAAGUGACGGAUGUUCUCAAGACCUGUUUCGAUCCGGAGUCACCUGACAGGGCCUACAUGAGUGUGAAAGAGCUUAAAGAGGAGCUUCACCUCAGCGGCACCGAUACCCUGAAUGUUUUCUUUGCCAGCAACUCUGCACGAGAGGAGCUGGCAGGAGCUGCAACUUGGCCAUGGGCAAAGGAAGCGCUCACCCAUCAAGGUGGAAUGGUGCUGAACCCAUCCUACUUCGGCACGAGCGGACACCACAACACCAUGAUCCAUGAAUUGGGCCACAUAUUCGGACUGUACCACGUCUUCAAGGGAGUUAGCGAACGAGACUCCUGUGAUGACCCUUGUCAGGAAAUCACACCAUCCAUGGAAACCGGAGAUCUCUGCGCUGACACUGCGCCGACACCCAAAUCCAAAGCCUGCCACGAUCCCGGAGCCGUUAACGAUACAUGUGGCGUCAGCAUGUACCAGCACACCCCUUAUAGCAAUUACAUGAGUUACACAGAUGACAACUGCACCGAUCAUUUUACGCCCAACCAAGUAGCCAGGAUGCAUUGUUACCUUGACUUGGUCUAUCAAAACUGGUUGCUGGAACGCCUCCCUGUUACCGUCCCUCUGCCAGCAAUGGUGACUGACCAGAGUCCGGAUUCGGUCUCUAUUUAUUGGCUUGCACCAUUAACGGGGCCGCUCUAUGCAAGCUCCUCCUCCCACGUGGCUGCUGUCAACUGCAGGGAAUGCGAGAAAGACGGGGUUUUCCACCAAUACGCCUAUGACGCGGCCUCACCUCGCAAAUGUGACACGUCUGGCUACUGGGCACCCGAUGAGGCUGUUGGCCCGCCCGAUGUGGAGCAGCCGUGUGAGCCGAGUCUCCAAGCGUGGAGUCCUGACCUCAGCCUUUACGAUACGAACGUGACAUCGCCUUGCCCUGAUACAGAGGGCUGUACCCUUACACUGAAAUUUCGCUACCCCAUUGUCCCAAACACUCUCACCCUGUGGAUAACAUACGUCUCCACAAAUAAUCCUGCUAUCGCUGACAUACAGCUGAUAACAGACUCAGGUAAAACUAUCCACCUUGGACCACAGCACGUCUUCUGUGACAUGCUCUUCACCCUGCCCCUCGAUACCAACAAUGUUGCCAUCAGUGCCGUAAAGCUCUGCACCUUUGAUGAGAAGAUGGAGAUCGAUGCGGCAAUGUUGUCUUCCGGCCCCGGCAGUCAUCUCUGCUCUGGCUGUCAACCGUUUCUGUAUCGGGUUCACCGGCGGCCAGCCUUCACCGGAAAAUUGCCGCCCCCUCAGGCCCAGCAGACGUUCACGGACAGGACUGUAAGAAGAGGGGAAAGGUACGAGUACACGAUUCAGGUGGAGAUUGACGGUCUUCUCGGCAGUUCUUCCCCAUCCCUUUUUUACACUCACGGGCAGCCCUACUGCGGAGACGGUGUCAUUCAAGGGGCAGAAGAAUGCGACGAUGGUAAUCUGUUAGAUGGCGAUGGCUGCUCGAAGAAGUGCCACAAGGAGAAGGGCUUCAACUGCAUCGGCCAACCCAGCCAAUGUUACGUUUUUGAUGGGGACGGCGUGUGCGAAGAGUUUGAACGAGUUUCCAGCAUUCAGGACUGUGGUUAUUUCACACCCUUGGGUUACACAGACCAGUGGGCAUCAACGGCUACGGCUUCUCAUCAGGAACCCCAUCGCUGUCCUGCACAUGCCGCCACCGGUGAACCAUCAUAUAAAAAACUGUGUAGGUACCAGUACAUGGAUGUGAGUGCAAAACUGGCUAGUGAUGCAUGGUUCCCUUGCACAGCUCAUUCCGACACAAGUAAUGACCUCCAACAUCCAUUUUGGCUGAAGGUGGGAUUUGUCCAUUCCGGAGUGGCAUCUUCUGUCAUUGUGUAUCUGGCUUCAGACGGGUCAUGGAGCGGGGAACACUGUCAGAGGUCGGCUACGAUCCUCCUCUCUGACACGAUGGGAAAGAAUCAUUCAUUAGGCACACAUAACCUCUCAUGCCAUCGGAACCCGUUGGUGGUGAACGUGACCCAUGACCUCUCUCAGCCUUUCUUCCUCACCUCAUCCGUUAUCCUCCUCUUCUCCUCCUCGUCCGUGGCAAUCGGGGGCGUCGCCCUGAGGACGUCCUGCCACUUCAGCACCUUCGCCGUGACCGGGUGUUUAAGGCAGACAUGUCAAAUGGACAGCUGCAACCCACCCCAAAUAGAGCGCGCCUCUGUCAGGUGUGUAGGAGGGGGGCAGUCGUCUCACUGCACUGUCCUAUGCCACUUGGGUUUCAGCGUCACCGUCCUUCACGGAAGGGGCAUUCCUCCGCACCAGAGACAGACGGAGAUGGAAUGUUUUCAUGGUUUAUGGAAUCGCGCGGUUAGCUGCCAGCCCGUCGACUGCGGCCCGCCCGAUCAGUCUCACGUGUACCGCGCCAUCUUCAGUUGUCCCGGGGGAACAACCUACGGAAAGCAAUGCUCCUUUACUUGUGGCUCCCCGGCCAUACUUCAAGGUGACAAUGACCGCUUAGUAUGUUUGGAGGACGGGCUGUGGUCUUUUCCGGAGGCAUACUGUAAGAUCGAGUGCCCGGAGGUUCCAAAAGUCCCCAACGCCGAGCUGCUCACGGCGGAGUGCAUGUCCUCAAGCCACGACGUCGGCUCCACCUGCCGUUUCAAAUGCAACCCGGGCUUCUACGUACUGGGGAGUCUCAAAAAUAAAACAAAGAGGAAAUACUUCAAGUCCGAGUGCCUUGAGGAAGGGCAGUGGGAGGAGGCCUCAUGUGAGCCCAUAGCGUGCCCGGCCAUCCCCGAUGUUUUCCAGGGCAUGUAUCGAUGCACCAAUGGCCUCUUCUAUGACACUUUCUGCACCCUGCCGUGUCCUGAUGCAAGUGAAAAUAGUGUGAUUCGCUGCACGAAAGACGGCGAAUGGACAGCCCAAUUUACUAUGUGCUCCGGGCUUGAGGGGUCCUGUGCUCCUCCCACAGAUCAUAACUCUGUAGCGUAUAGCUGUGAUGAGGGCAUGGAUAUUGGGGCCGUUUGUCAUCCGACAUGCGUCCUGACCCCGGACACGGAUCUUCAUGACCCGGUGGUUCUGCCCAAUGGCUCCACAGUUGAUUCUUUACAACACUGGAUGCUUCCCAUUAAACUUCAGACCAUUGUCUGCACGGGGAUGAUGAAGUGGUACCCGCCCCCUGAAAACAUUCAUUGCAUUCAGUCAUGUGAGCCUUUUGGUGGGGAUGGCUGGUGCGACACCCUCAACAAUCGGGCCUACUGCCAGUACGACGGAGGAGAUUGCUGUCCUUCCACGCUGUCCUCCAGAAAGGUCAUUCAGUUUGGGGCAGACUGCAAUCAGGACGAGUGCACUUGCCGCGAUCCCGAUGCUAAGGAGAACAAGAGCAAAGCCAAGGACCCGAAGGGCGGAGGAGGACUCCCCUAAGACGGAUGAGUGGCGAGCAAGUCGAGCGGCGUCGCAUAAGUCAAGCUGUAGAUAAUAUAGACGGCAAGCAAAAAUCAUACCUUAGCACGCACACCUGCCAUGAAGGCAAAAGGCUCGAUCCGAGCGGUUCGGCGCCAUUGCCGAUUAGCGCGUAGCUCAAUAAAAGGAAGAGAGAACACACCCAUAGACUGCAUUUCCGUGUGUCACGACUGUAAUGGUGCGUCGUGACGGAGGCUUGUCGCUUCCCUUACUUAUCAGCCAACAAUCAAAACUCAUCAGAAUGGUUUUAGCCCCCCCCCCCCUUCCUCCAAUCUGGGACUUUUUCUUCACCUUCUGACGAUGUGUUUUAGACGCUGAAAAGACACCGUCGACUGCAACGGUCACAUUUUAUUUGACGUUUCCGCAAAGUUAAUCAUUUUCACAGGGCUUGUGUUUUUGUACCAUUGUGAGGGUCAAGUCGCGUGUCAAGCAAACGUGGACGACGAUAUAAACACGGCUGGAUCAAAAUAACCGCUCCGACACAUUUGGGAGUUUCUUGGAGACGAUUGCAGGUGGGAAAAUGAACGGUAGCGUUGAAUAGAAGGUAUCGGAGUACAACAACCACUCACCGUUGUAUUAUCACAAGAAACAUACCGGAUCAGAAAAAGAAAAUAACGUCUCCAAGUAUUUUAUCCAAACGUGAGGGACAAGUGUAACCAUGUUCAGUAUUUUACCGUACUUUAUACUCUGUGUGGAAUAAAUAGAAACUCUAUUUAUCUUU